GUUUGUGUCUUGCAGACGUCCAGCAGCUGAUCGGUAAUCCAGAAGAAGUUUCCCCUCAGUUAGGGGGGAGCUCCACUUUGAAGCAGGAGACUCCACAACCACCCUGCAUUAAAAAGGAAGAGGAGGAACUCUGCAUCACUCAGGAGGGAGAGUGUCUUCUAGGACGAGAGGAAGCUGAUUACACCAAGUUUCCACUGAGUAUUCUCUCUGUGAAGACUGAAGAUGAUGAAAAGAAACCACAAGUAGACAACCUCUUAGCUCCACUAUCAGACAGUGAGGCUGAAGAUGAUGAAGAGAAACCACAAGUAGACAACCUCUUAGCUCCACUAUCAGAUAGUGAGGCUGAAGACGAGGUUGAAGUAACUUUGAGCAGCGAUACAGACUGUGAAGGUGAUAUGAGGACUCACACUGACAACAAACACUCUGAAUGCUCUACAAAGAAGAGAGGUAAAACAUGUUUGAGCUGCUCAGUUUGUGCUGAAAGUUUUACUCAUAAGAGCAGUUUGACUCGACACAUGAGAACACACACAGGAGAAAAACCAUUCAGUUGUUCAGUUUGUGCCAAAAGCUUUUCUCGAAAAUGUGGUUUGACUCAACACAUGAGAACACACACAGGAGAAAAAACAUUUAAUUGUUCCCUUUGUAGCAAAAGCUUUUCGCUAAAUUGCAGUUUGACUGAACACAUGAGAACACACACAGGUGAAAAACCAUUUAAUUGUUCAGUUUGUUGCAAAAGCUUUUCUCAAAAUAGCUCUUUGAUUCAACACAUGAGAACACACACAGGAGAAAAACCAUGUACUUGUUCAGUUUGUUGCAAAAGCUUUUCUCAAAAUAGCUCUUUGAUUCAACACAUGAGAACACACACAGGUGAAAAACCAUAUAGUUGUUCAGUUUGUGGCAACAGCUUUUCUCAAAAUAGCAAUCUGACUCAACACGUGAGAACACACACAGGAGAAAAAACAUGUAAUUGUUCUGUUUGUGGCAAAAGCUUUUCUUUUAAGGGUAAUUUGACUGAACACAUGAGAACACACACAGGUGUAAAACCAUAUAAGUGUUCAGUUUGUGGCAAAAGCUUUUCUGUUAAGAGCAAAUUGACUCAACACAUGAGAACACACACUGGAGAAAAACCAUUUAUUUGUUCAGUGUGCUGUAAAAGGUUCCAACAUAAUGCAGACGCAGUAAAACACAUGAGAACACACAAGGGAAAAUAACCAAUUAGUUGUUUAGUUUGUGGUAUGUUGCUCAUAUGUGGUGACAUCCACCCUACC